CUUUUCGCUCCUAUGUUUAUUAGAGAAAUUUUACGUUGUGUUACUGAAAUGUAACUGAGACAGGCAGCCGAAGAUGCCUAUGACAAAUUCCACGCUGAACAUCUCACAUGCAGAGAAAACACCACCAGCUGUCUCUGCUCUCGGAAAUUGGUGGAAAACGCAUCAGCUGGACAAAUGGGAAACCAGUGACUCCAACGCAAAGGAAGAUGAGGAGCAAUUAGCAAGGCGUUUAUCUUUAAACCUAAGUCAGAAUCUGCGGACCAGGCAGCUGCUUGUAGACUUUGAUAGUGGCCGACCCAUUUUGAGGCUCAGGGCACCGCCGGACCUGCUGAACAUCCCAUCCAUCCCCCAACCCCGUUGGCCCAUAGAGUGUGAGGUCAUCAGCGACAUUGUCCAUCACAUAGAGUGGGACCCCCCAGAGCCAGAGCCUUUCUACCAGCUCACAGGACAUGAGAGGACACCCAUGCCAGCAGGAGAGGAGAGGGGGAAAGUGGUGUACUGCAUUGACCAUGCCACUAAACGUCCCUAUUUCACCUGCUCCCGUGUUGGAGGAUGCAGGGGGCCCGUUAAGAGUGCCACUUGUUUUGACAAUCAGACUGACUUCACUCUUGAGUUUGAGUCACGAUUUGAGAGUGGGAACCUUCAGAAGGCUGUGCAAGUGGGUGUCUAUGACUAUGAGCUCACCCUGCGCACAGACAUGUACACCAGAAAGCACACGCAGUGGUUUUACUUCAGGGUCAGAAACAUGAAGGCUGGCGUGACCUACCGUUUCACCAUAGUCAACUUAAUGAAGAGCAGCAGCCUGUAUUCACAGGGUAUGAGACCACUCCUCUACUCUGAGAGGGCGGCCAACGAGGAGGGUGUUGGAUGGCAACGCUCUGGCUCAAAUAUCAGAUACUACCGUAACAAUCCGAUUGCAAAGGACAACAACAGUGACACCAUCGUCCUGUACUCACUCACCUGGACUCUCCAGUUCCCUUAUGACUUAGACACCUGCUAUCUGGCCCACUGCUACCCCUACACCUAUUCACACCUGCAGCGCUACCUUAGGCGCAUCUCUUCCAGCAAAGUAGUUGCUUCAUACUGUUCGCUGCGGGUGUUGUGCCACAGCCUCGCUGGGAACGCUGUGUAUGUGCUGACAAUCACAUCCCGGGUGGGCAGCAUUAAGGCCAAAAAGGUUGUGGUUGUGACAGCCCGAGUGCACCCAGGAGAAACCAACGGGUCCUGGAUGAUGGAGGGAUUCCUAGAUUUCCUGCUUGGGGACACAGAAGAUGCUCAGCUGCUCAGGGAUUUGUUUGUUUUUAAGGUGGUGCCAAUGCUGAAUCCAGAUGGUGUGGUAGUUGGAAAUUACCGCUGCUCUUUGGCAGGCAGGGACCUCAACAGAAACUACAAGACAUUGCUCAAGGAUUCCUUCCCCUCUGUGUGGCACACCAUAAACAUGGUGGAAAGGCUCAUGGCUGAGACAGAAGUGAUUCUUUACUGUGACUUUCAUGGCCACAAUCGUAAAAACAAUGUGUUCAUGUAUGGUUGCAACAGCCGAGGCAAUGCUUCUCUGAAGCUGCACGAGAGAAUCUUUCCGCUAAUGAUGAGCAAGAAUGCCAGUGAUAAGUUCUCCUUUAAGAGUUGUAAGUUUCGGGUGCAGAAGAGCAAAGAGGGAACAGGACGGAUUGCCAUGUGGAGACUUGGCAUCAAAAACAGCUACACUAUGGAGGCCACCUUUGGAGGCUCCACUCUAGGCAACAGGAGAGGAACACACUUUACCACUCGAGACCUGAAGUCCCUCGGCUUUCAUUUUUGUGACACCCUGCUGGACUACUGUGAUCCAGAUCCAACAAAGACCACUUACUGUCUGACAGAGCUGGCAGUAAUGUUGAGAAAGGAGGUGGGCAAAGAUUCGAGCACUGGCUGUAACGUCUCCAUGUCUGACCUGGAAACCAGCACCAGUGGUUCAAAUAGUUCAGAUUCUGAUGGACUCCCAGUUCAUUUACUGAACCAGCUACAAACAGAGCAAACUCCAGUGAGAAAGAAAAAUAAACGACUGAGGAGUCAUAAAGAAAGGAACAGGCUGCGACAGGAGAGAGUUAAGAUUAGCACACAGCCAAGGGUCACACAAAGCAGCAUAAAAAAUAUUGAGUGCAACCUGUCUCAAGAGGACACACCUCAAGAGAGCAUCCAGGAAAAGCCUGUGGGAAGACACAGGAAAAAGUGGCAGGUAAAUGGCCUGAUCAGAAAAUCUGUGGUCCCUCCUCCCACCACUUACACUGGGGAGGUCAGUCAGGUGACUCUGUGGCAGAGCUGCAAACCUGUCCAGAAUGACGGAAACAUGAAAGCUGCAUGCCCACAUUACGGGGUAAACGUAUGUCUGCAUCACAGUAUUUACAGAGCUGUGUCACCUCACACAGAUGACCUGGGGGUGGACGCUGGACAGUGGAAAUGCUCCUGUCAGCUGCUGCACAUGAGUGCUCUCCUUCCAUCCUCUCCGAAUUUCAUACUUUCCAACUGGCAACAGAUUCGUCGCCCCCAGCAAACCUUUGUCUCCCGUAAAGUCAACAGAGGGCUGCCACUUUCCCUCACAGCACCCCACAGGUCUCCCUCAUCCAUAUAUGUCAAGAUGCUCCCAGACAUUGCUCCAACAAAGCGCUUGCUGUCAGGUUUCACCACUGACAAGUUCAACACCCGACAUAUUUUCAGAGAGGGAAAGUCUUUACGGGUCUCAGGACGUUACUAUGUGCCUGAGGCUUCCUCCACCUCACAUGCAGACAUAACCGAGACCAAACGGCAGACUAAUGAACGGGAAGAAGAUUCCUCAGAAGUGGGUUCGCCACUGUUGUCUUGUAUAACACUUGGAGAGCAGAACCAGACAGAUCUCAGUCCUGAUGCGCCCUGGAGAGGCACUGAACCAUGCAGCAAUUUAUUUGUGCCUGUUGUGAGGGGCACAGACCUGACAGGAGAAGGGCACCUGGAUGUUUUAUCCCCCCUGUCAAAGCCUUCAGGCCGCAUGAAGAUGGAACUUCCGCGUCCACAGAGUGACACCCUCGGUAGGCUUCAGUCUAAGGAUAUCAGGCACUUUAACUCUGGAAGAGAGAGCCAAAUAAGCACUGAGGUGAUCACAAGAUCAUCACAGUCUGCCCAAUUGUAG